AAAAACAGUAACAUGGUAGCAGCCAGUAACGUUAUCCUUAUGUAAAAAAUAUAAGCUAGCCAGAGAAACUCCAUUAAAGUGCUAUGCGCCUCGUGAAUAGAACUCUCACACUCAGUUCAGAAAACGCCGGUGAAGUAAGCGUUCACGUGUUAAGUGAAGUGACUGUGACGUGCACUUUCACUGUUCUUCUGUUUGUUAUGUAUGGCUUUGAAAGCUAGGCAGCAACACGCAUUUCGAUGACGGUGGUCGGACUCUUCCUCACCGCCACGAAGCUCGCCGGAGCUCUUUUCACUCUCACCGUCGCCGCCAACGCCUUCUCCUACUCCCGCUUUCGCAAGAAGAACCUUCGCCGUUUCCGCUCCCCCAUCGACGAAUCCCAAGACACUCUCGCACACUUUAACAUCGCCGAAGGGGAAGAUGAGUUUUUCUUUGGUUUGGCGACAGCGCCAGCACAUGUUGAGGACAGGCUUGAUGAUGCUUGGAUCCAGUUUGCUGAGAAAAAGAGAGGUGGAGGUGGUGGUGACUCAGAGGGGAAGCAGAGAGUGGAUGCUGUGAUUGGUUCUGCUUCUGGUGAUGGUGGGUCCCAGCAGGCCAUAACAUCUCCACGGAGCAGGAAGCCUCUUAAGGUGGCGAUGGAGGCCAUGAUUAGGGGAAUUGAGAAGUACAUGGAAGUGGAAGUGCAAGAAGGAGAAGAAGAAGCCCGUCCUAAUGUAACUGCUUGGCAUAAUGUUCCACGCCCGGAGGAGAGGUUAAGGUUUUGGUCUGAUCCUGAAACAGAAAUAAAAUUGGCCAAGGAUACUGGUGUUACAGUUUUUCGCAUGGGAAUAGAUUGGACAAGAAUCAUGCCAAUGGAGCCAGUAAACAGCCUUAAUGAAUCUGUUAACUAUGCUGCAUUGGAACGGUAUAAGUGGAUUAUAAAUAGGGUUCGAUCAUAUGGAAUGAAAGUGAUGCUCACUCUUUUUCAUCACUCACUUCCACCCUGGGCUGGUGAGUAUGGAGGUUGGAAGCUGGAAAAGACAGUGGAUUAUUUCAUGGACUUUACCAGGCUUGUUGUAGACAGUGUCUCAGAUUUGGUAGACUAUUGGGUAACAUUUAAUGAGCCCCAUGUCUUCUGUAUGCUUACUUAUUGUGCUGGAGCUUGGCCUGGUGGUCAUCCUGAUAUGCUUGAGGCUGCUACUUCUGCACUUCCAACUGGUGUUUUCCAGCAGGCCAUGCAUUGGAUGUCUAUUGCACACUCAAAGGCAUAUGACUACAUCCAUGGGCUAAGUAACCCAUUAAAUUCAAUAGUCGGUGUAGCACAUCAUGUGUCAUUCAUGCGACCCUAUGGUUUGUUUGAUAUUGCUGCUGUUUCACUGGCUAAUUCGUUGACUCUCUUCCCAUACAUUGAUGACAUAUCUGAGAAGCUGGACUAUAUAGGCAUAAACUACUAUGGGCAGGAAGUGGUUUCGGGUGCAGGCCUGAAGCUGGUGGAAAAUGAUGAGUAUAGCGAAUCAGGUCGUGGGGUAUACCCUGAUGGCUUAUACCGUAUGUUGCUUCAGUACCAUGAAAGAUACAAACAUCUAAAUAUUCCUUUCAUCAUUACUGAAAAUGGGGUUUCAGAUGAGACAGAUUUGAUCCGCCGGCCAUAUCUCUUGGAGCAUUUGCUUGCUAUUUAUGCUGCCAUGAUCAUGGGUGUGCGUGUACUUGGUUACCUGUUCUGGACUAUUUCUGAUAACUGGGAGUGGGCCGAUGGGUAUGGUCCCAAGUUUGGACUUGUCGCAGUUGACCGGGCAAAUAAUCUUGCACGGAUCCCUCGCCCCUCUUACCAUCUAUUUUCUAAAAUUGUGAAUACAGGCAAAGUUACACGUGAAGAUCGUGAAAGAGCAUGGGAUGAACUUCAAAGAUCUGCGAAAGAGAAGAAAACAAGGCCAUUUUAUCGGGCUGUGGAUAAACACUGUUUAAUGUAUGCAGGCGGACUUGAUGAACCUGAACAGCGACCUUAUAUAGAUCGAGAUUGGCGGUUUGGUCAUUAUCAGAUGGACGGACUCCAGGAUCACUUGAGCCGCUUCUCAAGAUCCAUUUUUCGACCAUUCUCCCUCUUCUCCCUAAAAAGAAAACCAAAAUCUCAAAAGAAGAAUGCCAAAUUAAUUCUUCAGCCUCUUGAAACAUAGCAAUUGAUUUCUCUUGUCCCAGAUUCUAUAUUUUUGAGUGAUGAGCACUUUCAAUUUCAAUAUUCAACCCCAGGCACACCUGUCUAACUUUCAUUAUAUCUGUAAUAUUGUACUGGGGGUAUUAUUAUGCAUUCUUGUUGUAAAGCUUAUUUGUCUCAUUUUUACCUAGAAGUCAACAUAUUAACAUAAUCACUGGAUGGUAAUAUGAGAUGCCAGUCCCUGUUAGCGGAAUGUCAUGUAUUGUACCCUGGACAUACACAAAAAUGCAAAUCGCUGACCACUUAAUGUAAACAAGAGCCUCCCUUUUUUCUUUUCUUUCUCCCAAGGAACUAUGAACUCCUCUUUUCAAUGGAGUGAGAUAUUUCACGUUUAA